AACGCCACUGUAUGUCACUCCCCUGCCUCUUUGAAGCAAGUGGACAAUUGGAAGAGUUCAAAGGGCGCUGCAGAGUCUGGGCAGAGUCCAGAGCUCCUCUGGAGGCAAGGACCAACAUGCCCCUGGUCGCCCUUUAAGUGCCAUCAGUGGACAGGUGACAAGAAGGAAACUCGACCAACCAUGCUGACCACUGUGCUAAAACGCAAUCGCCUCCGGAUGGCGAGAGCCAAGUGCUGCGAAUGUGGAGCUUUGCUUUCCCAUCAGUACUACGAGAAGGAUGGUCGUCUCUACUGCAAAAAGGAUUACUGGGCCCACUUUGGGGAACUGUGCCAUGGCUGCUCAGAGCAGAUCACCAAAGGGCUUGUCAUGGUGGCUGGGGAGCAAAAAUAUCACCCUGAAUGCUUCAGCUGCCUGAACUGCCAGGUGUUCAUUGGCGAUGGAGAUACUUACGCGCUGGUGGAACGAUCCAAGCUGUACUGUGGGCACUGUUAUUACCAGAUGGUGGUGACACCCGUGAUGGAUCAGCUGCUUCCAGAAUCUCCCGGCACCCGGAUUCCACACACGGUUACCCUGGUGUCUAUUCCAGCAUGUUCCGAAAGCAAGCGAGGGUUUUCCGUCUCCAUUGACAAGCAUGGAGGUUCUGAGCACACACACACUGUGCGAGUUCGUGAAUUAGACCCAGACUGCAUAAGCCCCGAUAUGAAGAAUUCCAUCCAUGUUGGCGACCGCAUUCUGGAAAUCAAUGGCACACCAAUUCGUCAUGUCCCGCUGGAUGAGAUCGAUCUUCUAAUCCAAGAGACCAGUCGCCUGUUGCAGCUGACCAUUGAACACGACCCUCAUGAUAUCAUUGAAAGCAGCCCUCUCUCAGAGCUGCGCAGUCCCCUGCAUUCGCCCAGCCACACACCUUGCCCAGACCCUUCAGCCAUUCGCCAGCGCUCUGUCAUGAGGAGCUGUAGCAUUGAUAAGUCACCUUGUUCCAGCUCUCUGGGCUCCCCGUCCUCCCAAAGGAAAGAUAUUGGUCGCUCAGAAUCACUACGUGUUGUCUCCCGUCUUCAUCGCAUCUUCCGCCCUUCGGAUCUCAUUCAUGGCGAGGUGUUGGGCAAGGGCUGCUUCGGGCAAGCCAUUAAGGUGACCCAUCGGGAGACUGGAGAAGUGAUGGUCAUGAAGGAACUUAUCCGUUUUGAUGAGGAGACCCAAAGAACAUUUCUUAAAGAGGUGAAGGUAAUGCGCUGCCUGGAACAUCCCAAUGUGCUGAGGUUUAUUGGAGUCCUCUACAAAGACAAGAGGCUGAACUUCAUCACAGAGUACAUCAAGGGAGGCACCCUUCGUGGGAUCAUUAAGAGCAUGGAUAGUCAGUAUCCUUGGAGCCAGCGGGUCAGUUUUGCAAAAGACAUCGCUUCAGGGAUGGCUUAUCUCCAUUCUAUGAAUAUCAUUCACAGGGACCUCAAUACACACAACUGCCUUGUGCGAGAAAACAAAAGUGUGGUAGUGGCCGAUUUUGGCCUUGCUCGGCUGAUGGUGGAUGAGAAAAACCAGCUAGCAACCCUGAAGAAACCUGACCGAAGGAAACGGUACACUGUGGUGGGCAACCCUUACUGGAUGGCUCCCGAGAUGAUCAAUGGGAGAAGUUAUGAUGAGAAAGUGGACAUCUUCUCUUUUGGCAUCAUCCUUUGUGAGAUUAUUGGAAGAGUCAGCGCUGACCCUGAUUACCUGCCUCGAACCUUGGAUUUUGGCCUCAAUGUGCGAGGCUUCCUGGACCGCUACUGUCCUCCCAGUUGUCCUCCUAGCUUCUUUCCUAUCGCUGUUUGUUGCUGUGAUUUGGAUCCUGAGAAACGGCCUUCCUUCAGUCGAUUGGAGCAGUGGCUGGAAGCUCUCCGCAUGCACUUGGCUAUGCAACUUCCCCUGAGUCCACAGCUGGAGCAAUUGGACCGGGCCUUCUGGGAGACACACCGGCGAGCUGAGAGUGGACUGUGUGCACACGUUGAAGUGUCUGAAUGAGUACAGCAGGGGCAGGCAAGCAGCCCCAAGCCUGCAUGUCUCUGUAUGAGCUGGGCUGAGGAAAAGCUUCUUUUGCUGAGUCCUGCCACCAGCUGCACGCAGCUCACCAGCUAAGAGCUGGUUUUUGAAGAAAAAAAAACCCACUGGGAGCUGGUUCUCCCUGCUUCCUUCCUUGGGGGGAUGAGUUCUGUGCCUGGCUUGCACAGGGAUGGUCUGGGGCAGCCUGGGUUCUUGUAAAUACUCCUUGUGAAUACGUCCUCCUCCUUGCGCAUCCCACAAAGUGGAGGAGAAGUGAGGGAUCCUUGACUUUCUCCUUUCACGUUUUGUGGUUGCAAAAAGCUUUGCACGCCCCACUGAGCACAUAAGCUUCUGUCAACAGCUGGCAGCUACUCACAAGCUGGCAUUAAGGUGGGGGCUGCUACCCUGUCCCCCAAAUACACCUCUACAGAUCCUCUUUAAAAACCUUUGUCCUAUCAAGUGGUGCCUUGGGUUUAUGUGGACUUGCGUACUUGGAUUCUCUGAGCCCCACUUCGUUGUUCUGCGAAUAGGCCACGGGGGUUCUAUGCGUGUGCUUAGCAUGUGCUUAGUCUUUCCUUGGAAGUUGCAAGACUGAGAGAUCUGUGCAGAUGUUUGGUCUCUGUUCCCUGGAGCCAGUGUCUUGACUACAUUCACACAACAUGUUUUGCCCAGUCGGUUGAAGAUUGCAUUUGCACAAUAUAUUGAGCUUAUUGUUACUCUUAACCUUGGUUAGGAUUUUAUUUUUUUGUAUAGCUUAGCCUGUUAUGCAAACCCAGCCUAUUUGAUUCAUUUGAAGUUGAUAUAUCAUGCAAAUCCACACACACACACAAAUAGCUCAAUCCGGUAACCAGGUGAAAUGUGUUAUGUGAAUGUAGCUCUGUCAAUACCCAUGUGUGCUGUGUGCAUGUUUCACUGUGUGCACACCUUAGCUUCUUCCUUCCUUCUGUUCCAACCAUGUUUGGCAGAAGUACAUAAAGUCCAAAGCUGCUUUUUUUUGUGUGUGAAAAACUAUUUCCUAAGUAGGCAGUUUGCCCCAGAGAGAAGCUAUGUAAGAUAGAGCUGAAACUGUCUCCACUUACCUCUGCUCCAAAUUACCACCCUUUUUAAACUGCUUGCCUACUCUGGAGAUCCAAAUGUGUGUUAAGAUUUUGUUGCAAGAUUUAAUGUAGGCGUGCACAUGCAUACACCCAUGUGCUGUUAAGCCCUUGAAAAAGCAGUCUGGAUUUCUAGAAGGACAGGAAGAGAAGGAAACAACUAAGUCACCCUUCUAAAGGGAGAUAUUUGCACAUCGCUUGAAAAUCUAGCCAACUCUUUCCAGGUUCAGGAUAGAACCAUGGGAUGUACACUCAUCCCAGCCUUCCUCAGACUAGGACCAGGCAGAUUUAUUUUUCACUACAACUCCCAGAACUCCUCAGGCAACAUGGCUUUCAGAACUGUGCAACUCCCAGAAUUCUUAGCCCGUGGUCUGGAGGCCAGGCGAACAAAGGAAUUCUGGGAGUUGCAGUUCCAACCCAUCUGGAAAGUAUUAGAUUGGAGAAGAAUGAGCCAAUCUAUGCACCAGGAUCAACAAUAAGAUAGCAUUAUUUGGACCCUCAUCUGGAAAUGGGCAGCAAGUAUUUUCCAUCUGGGUGAUCAGCAUAGCAGAAAGGAGCCUUCAGAGGAAGACCAGCUAAAUUCAUCUCAUCCAAGGAUCCUCACAACUUAAAGAGAUAUUUUUUGACUUACCCUUAUGGGUUGUGGGGGUACAUGACUAAAUGACCUCUUGUGCCAAAAAAUCCCCCUGCGUAUUAAAACCCUGUAUGUCAUAGGCAGGAGAACAGAUCCUGCUUUUUCCUUCUCUCUCAAGCUUUUUGUGGACAUGAAGGAGCCACUCAGAUCUGCUAUUUGGAAAAAGGCACGUUCCUGUAUUAUUUAGUGUAACACCAGGAGAUUGACUUGAUAAGUCUUUAGAAGGCAAAAAAUGGAGCUUUUUCAGUUCCUGGGAGUGCAUUUGUAAGUACCUGAACCAUGAAAGACUUC